UCCGAAGGCGAGCUGUUGAUAACAGGACAGCUUCUGCUUCAUCCGCGGAAGUCAGCACAACUCGGUGAAGUCUCGGUUCACCGUAGUGCUCUGAUUUUGGGUGAUGUGCUUCAAGUUGGCGGUAUUAAUACUACCUAUGGUUUCGCACAUAAAAUUCCACUGUCUUGGGGUGUGAAGACCGGUGCGAGAAACUAGGACUCUACACCAUGUCCUACCGUCGAGUGCUAGUCGACCUCAUUAUGACCUACCACAUUCUACAUCUCGGUGACUUCCCCAUGCUGACGCCAAUGCUGCACUUACGAGGACCAUGCAGCACACGCGGACACAGAUACAAACUUGUCGUGCCGGAUGUGAAGCGAGUUCCCCACCCACUGUUCUUCGAACAGAGAGUGAUAAAUAUUUGGAACAAUUUGCCUCAACAUAUGAUAGAGCUAACAUCUGUGAACCAGUUCAAAGCAUUGUUAGAUUUAUCUUUUACCACUAUUCGAUUCAGAGAACUAUGGUACACUUACGAUGGCAUGUCAUAUUUGUGAGUCCUGCAAUACUGUGAGUCAGAUAUUUUAAAUAUCACAUGAGAAC